AAAAGCAGUUUAUGAUGUUGUAACUCCCAGCAUUGCUUCCACCGCCAACCUAGCCAACGUGCUAUGGCCAGCGAGGAAACCCCCUUGCUCGUCAGCGAGGCCGCACAGCAGAAGGCUCACGACGCGUUGUACGAUCGAUUCUCAAGAAGCCAGAAAAGGGCGAUUGUUGCGGUUGUUUCUUGGGCGGGAUUGUUACCCUUCUUCGUUUCAGGAUCUUUCGUCCCUUCCAUACCACAGAUAGCUCGGGAUUUUGACUCCACGGGGGCCGUUAUCAAUUUGGCCGUAAGUCUAUCUAUAUUGACGACAGCAUUAGCAAACCUCCUAUGGGCGAGAUAUUCUAGUUUCUACGGUCGCAGACCGAUAUACCUGUUCUCAUACCCCUUUCUCUGUAUUGGGUCUCUGGGCGUGGCUUCAGCACGUGAUGUCACCGAGUUAAUGUCAUGGCGUAUCGUGCAAGCAUUCGGAGCAUCCAGCGGAAUGUCCACGGGUGCCGCCGUAAUAGGUGACAUCUAUCGCCUGGAAGAGAGGGGGACUGCCAUGGGCGUAUUUUUUGCGGCAUGCCUGCUUGGACCUGCGCUCGCCCCGCUUGCCGGGGGCCUAGCGGCCCACUAUGCCUCAUGGCGAGUUAUGCAGCUCGCGCUGUUUCUCGCAGGAUUGAGUGCGUGGAUAUCGGUGCUUUUGUUAUUGCCAGAAACCGUGCAGCCCGACUCGCAAGGCCUGCCGCGGUACCUCCGGGAGAAGGGCAAGGAGGUGAACAGCUGGGUGUGGGUCUGGCUGAACCCGUUCAAAAGCCUGUGGCUACUGAGAAGUCCGAACGUCUUGGCAGUGACUUUGGCAGGCACCUUCGUGUUGAUGACGGACUUCGUGCUCUUGACUCCACUAGCUUAUACCGUCGGAGUCCGAUACAACAUCAAAAAUGAGGCAUUGAUCGGUGCGUUCUUCCUACCCGCAGGCCUGGGUAACGUCAUUGGUGCGCCUCUCGGGGGAAACAUAUCCGAUAGAGUGGUGGCGCGAUGGAGGAAGAAGCGCAAGGGAGAAUGGGUCCCUGAAGACCGGCUGCGUGCGACCUAUUGGGGAGCGCUGGUCCUCGUACCCGUGUCGAUUCUCCUGAGCGGGCUUGUAACGCAAUUCGUUGAUGGGACGCCGGGCAUCGUCCUGAACUUGAUCUGCCUGUUCGUCAACGGCAUCGGGAUCGACAUCGUGCUGAGCCCGUCGAACGCGUAUUACGUCGACGUCCUGCACAGGCAGAGUGCGGAGGUCAUCGCAGCCAGCGGCGCGUUUCGGAGCAUCAUCCUGGCCGCCAGCACCGCCUGCGUCCUCCCUCUGAUCAAUCGCAUCGGCGUGGCCGCGACGGACGCGCUGGCAGCCGCUAUCGCGUGGCUCGGCUUCGUACUGCUCUGGUGCACGAUACGAUACGGGGGCAAGAUGCGGGCGUGGUUGGACGUGGGGUACUCGACGAUCCAGGAUACAUAGCUUCAUUUGGUAUUCGACAUAGACAACUAGAUCUGCAGCUGCUCAUUUGGGCAAG